AUGAUUUCUCCUUCAAUUGAACAAUACCCCAAAAUAAUUAUCCAAUAUUGUAAUAAAUGCAAAUGGCAAAAUAGAGCAAUAUGGUAUCUUCAAGAAAUAUUACAAACAUUCCCAGAUAAGAUUAAUGACAUCUCAAUACAACCAAUAAAUGACCAACCAGGUGUAUUCCAAAUUAUAUUAUUGAAGUCACAUGAUGAUCAAGAGAUUAUAUAUAAACGAAAAUUUAAGUCUAAAGAAUUAGCUGAGAAAUAUGGCGAUUCGAAUGAAGAAAGUUAUCAUUAUGAUGGAUUCCCAGAUUCUAAGUUUGUUAAGUUGUUGAUCAAAGAUCGUUUAGGUCUAGAGGUUGGUAAGCAUAUCGAGAAGAAGCUGGAUUAUAAGUUGAAUGACGGCUGCGUCGACUGCAAACGAGAAGAAUAG